AUGGAAAAUGAGGACACAAAGAAAAUGCAAGGGUGUGGACAAACACUUGUGAGAGAAACAGGUUGUAUUACCGUUCUGUCAGAAUUGUUCAGGACAGUUCUUUCAAAACAUGAGUUGAAUUUGUUAGAUAAUAAGGUUUUCCAGAAUUAUCAGUUGUGGUCUUCAGUGUGUAGUGCUCUGUGUGCCUGUGUCAACAAUCCUCAAAAUGCAUAUGUUCAGAAAUACUUUGUGUCUGUGGGUGGAUUGGAGGUAUUGUCUCAAGUUCUUGUGCACCUGGAAUCUGACUCAUACAAAAUUGUGUCCAAUGCUAAGCUUGCAGUGGUGGUGACAAAAACAAUGGAUGCAUGUAUUGCUGAUAAUCAGGAAAAUCAGUAUGACCUUUUUAAAAACAAUGGGCUUCCACUCAUGAUACAAGCCUUAACUGAUUCUCAGAAUGAGGAACUACACAAGGCUGCCACAUUUGUGCUUCACAACUGCAGAAAAACUACUGAGAAAUUAUCUCUAAAUGUACGAGGAUAUUCUUUUGAUGAAAAUGAAGCAAAACAAUUAAAGGACACAAAUGCGAAAGAAAAGAAUCUUGAAGAGUACUGGAAAACAGCAAAGGAAAUUCUGCGCAAAAUAGAACAGCUUGAAAGAGAAGACAAUGAGGAAGAAAUUCAAAGAAGAAGCUAUGAGAAUCCAUUUAUGAACAAGGAGAACAUACUGAAACACCUCUAUUCAGGUAGUACUGGAGAUACCAAAGCAGAAGAAGAUAAGAAUAAAAACCAGCCUGGACAGUUUCAGACUUCUCCAUCUGGUGAUGUCACAUCUAAGGCUUGUGCCACUGAUAACCGAGUGAAGACUCUGUUAAAGAGUACACAUCCAUUUAGUGGACAAAAGAUGACUUUACGUAAAGUCAGUUCCAGCUGCAAUCAAGGUUUACAUGAGAAAACAACUUUUGACAAAAAGAAUUUUGUUUAUAAAUCAAGUGACCGUGUUUUUAAAUAUCCAAUUCAUGUUGUCAGAAAUAAAAAGCAGCAUUCGCCAGUGACAGAUCCAUUUACAUUAUGCUCAGACAUAAUAAAUAAAGAAGUUCUCAGUUUUCAAGCAGCUGACAGUUGUACCAAAAUAUUGAAGUAUAGGUGCUCAGGUUGCAUAUCAGUAGGAAACCCUCUAAAUAGCCGAAAUUUUAGCAAGCUCUUGCGUGCUUGUCCAUACCAAUGUGAUCGACACAAAGUCAUUGUGGAAGCUGAAGACAGAUAUAAAAGUGAACUAAGGAAAUCAUUUAUCUGUAACAAAAAAAUUCUGCUGACCCCAUGUAGAAGACAACAACUCAGUAGCAAAUCUGCUAUCCCUGGAGAAAUAAAUGAACAUAUUUAAUUUUUAAGUCAGCUUAAAUAUCACAGACUUCUAAAAAAGAUGUACUUGUUUUUAGUUCUCACCAUCUUUCUGUGAUAACCCUUGGCUCUGAUGAAGAUUAUAUUUCCUAAGAAAAGAGACAUCUCCCAUUUGUUUGUUCAUUUGCUGUCUGCCAUCUGGAAAGCAGCAGGAGGAAAACAACCUUUAUUAAGUACCUACUAUGUGUUAGGUGUCUUAUAAAUGUUGUUGCCUCUAAUUCUUAUAAGUUAGAAAUAGCAUAACUUAGAUUCAUUACAAGCUUUUUCUAGAAACCCUCAUUCUAUUGUCUGAUCAAUUCAUAUUUUCAGAACAAAUUUUCCAUGUACAAGUACUCCAGAGAGACUUUUGAUCAUAACUCCAAUGUGUCAGACAAUCAAAAUUGAAGCAAAAAAGUGCUUCUGAAAUAACUUAUUGAAAUUUUAAUUUAACUGUAGGGUUAAGACUUCAGGCUUAUCAACAUUCCAGAUUUAUCAGAGAGUUUGAGAACCUUAACAUUUUCUUCUAAUCAUCUGAAGUUAAUACUAACUACAGGAGUAGGAAUAAACAAUUGAGUACAUUACUUGUCAGAGUCAUCAGAAAUGAGUAACAUCAAAUGGGAGAAAAUGAAGGAGGAGGUAACAUUUAGAAAACAAAUGU